UCUAAGCCCGCACCGCAGCUGAGCUCGCUGCAUCUCCACACACUCGCACCCCCCACACCUCCACACACUCACACACAUACGCACACACUCUCCUCCUGCUUCUCCCCUCCACCUCCAGCUCCUGCUCCACCUCUCUGUUCUGUCCGAAGAUGACCGUGAUUGCUGGGGUGCUAUCUGCGAGCCUGACCUCUGCCCGUGGGGAGUAGACCCGGAGCUGGGAAGAGAGAGAGUCUCUCUCUCUCUCUCUCUCUCUCUCUCUCUCUCUCUCUCUCUCUCGCUCUCUCUCUCUCUCUUCUCACCAUAGUUGCCCCAAAUCGCCGGGCACCGGGGUGACUGCACUGCUUCAGCCUUUUUCUCUCUCCACCAUUGAACCAUCUCAACAUCCACUAUUGGGAAUUCACACGCACCGCUCUGACCAGCGGAAGGGACAUCGACAUUGCUAUCGUGGAAAUCCUCAUAGAGAAGGGCUGAUUUUCCCCUUUUUUCCUUUCACAUAAGCCUUCGAGGCUCCCUCACGAUCAGCGAAGCUGGAUCCUAUAAGCAUGGAGACGGUGGAGAAGGAGUGCGGGGCGCUUGGUGGGCUAUUCCAGGCGAUUGUCAAUGACAUGAAGUGUUCAUAUCCUGUCUGGGAGGACUUCAGUGCCAAGGCAACCAAGCUGCAUGCCCAGCUCCGAACCACCGUGCUUGCAGCAGUGGCCUUUCUGGAUGCCUUUCAGAAGGUGGCAGACAUGGCAACCAACACACGAGGUGCCACCCGGGACAUCGGAUCGGCGCUGACCCGGAUGUGCAUGCGGCAUCGCAGCAUUGAGGCCAAACUGCGCCACUUCACCAAUGCUCUAAUGGAAAGCCUGAUCAACCCACUGCAGGAGCGAAUUGAAGACUGGAAGAAAACAGCCAAUCAGCUGGACAAGGAUCACGCCAAAGAGUAUAAGCGGUCUCGCCAUGAGAUAAAGAAGAAAUCUUCAGACACAAUGAAGCUGCAGAAGAAAGCUAGAAAAGAGCUGCAGGGCCGAGGGGAUCUGCAGCCUCAGCUGGACAGUGCCAUGCAGGAUGUGAAUGAUAUGUACCUGCUGAUGGAGGAGACUGAAAAGCAGGCAGUGCGGCGCGCCCUGGUGGAGGAGAGAGGACGCUUCUGCACCUUUAUCAGCUUUCUGCAGCCUGUAGUGAAUGGAGAAAUUGCCAUGCUGGGAGAGAUCACGCAUCUCCAGGCCAUUAUUGAUGACCUCACUGUGCUGACCACUGAUCCCCACAAACUGCCCCCAGCCAGCGAGCAGGUAAUAAAGGACCUGAAGGGGUCAGACUACAGCUGGUCCUACCAGACCCCUCCUUCCUCCCCCAGCAGCUCUGGCUCUAGGAAAAGCAGCAUGUGCAGCAGCAGUGUGAACAGCGCCCACAGUAGUGCCUCUCGCUCCUCGGGAGGCUCUCAGACUCACUCACCCAGUUCAUCCUGUCGCUACCGCAGCCUGGCCCAGCCGCUACCAGGGGGUGCUCACCGCCUCAGCAGCGUCUCUUCCCACGACUCCGGCUUCAUCUCUCAGGAUGCCAAUGUCUACUCCAAGCCCCCCUCGCCCAUGCCAUCGGACAUCACCAGCCAGAAGUCAUCGAGUUCAGCGUCCUCAGAGGCCUCCGAAACCUGUCAGUCAGUGAGUGAGUGCAGCUCUCCUACAACAGACUGGUCCAAGGCAGGUCCACAUGAGCAGCCACUGGUCAACACGCUCCAGAGGAGGAAGGAGCCCUUGGAUAGGCUAAGGGAGUCAGAGGCAUCGCCUCAAUCACAGGGCUAUGCUGGGGUCCAUCCUGAAGACCCUCAGAGGCCAAGGAUGACCCCUGCUACCAUAGCAGCUAAGCAUGGUGAGGAAGUGUCUCCGGCAGCCAGUGACCUGGCCAUGGUGCUGACGCGGGGCCUCAGUAUGGAGCAGCAGAAGAGCAGCAGAGACUCGCUCCAGUACUCCAGUGGAUACAGCACUCAGACAACAACACCAUCGUGCUCUGAGGACACUAUCCCUUCUCAGGGCUCUGACUACGACUGCUACUCUGUAAAUGGAGAUGCUGAAGCAGAUGGUCAAACCGAUUUUGACAAAUCCUCCACCAUCCCUCGCCACAGCAACAUCGCUCAGAACUACCGGCGUAUGAUCCAGACCAAGCGUCCUGCCAGCACGGCCGGCCUGCCCAGCGGAGCUGGUGCUCAGGGCGGCCCUCCGGGUGCUAGCGGCGGAGGAGGUGGGGGCGGUGGAGGUCCAGGCACCCCAGGUACUGCUACCAUCCGCCGAACGCCCUCCACCAAACCCGGCGUGAGACGCACCCUGUCUAAUGCGGGCCCCAUCCCAAUUCGGCCACCAAUAGUGCCGGUUAAGACUCCCACUGUGCCCGACUCACCGGGCGGUGCUUAUCCGGGACCUCCAGCCCGCGUGGGGAGCGAGGAGUGUGUGUUCUAUGUGGCGGACGACGCCUCUCCCAGUGCUCUGGAGUAUGUGAAAGCAUCCCCCAAGCGUCUGAGCCUGCCUAACACUGCCUGGGGCGCGGGGGCUGUGGAGAUGAGUGUUUAUGGCCAGCCUGGAGAAGAGGACCAGCUGCUGGCCGCCAACCGCCACAGCUUGGUGGAAAAAAUCGGCGAGCUGGUGGCCAGCGCCCAUGCCCUGGGCGAAGGUCAGUUCCCUUUCCCUUCCCUCCCUGACAGGCCUCCUCCUGGGCUGGAGGCCCAGGCUGACCCGCAGGAGCCCCAGGAUGGUGAGGACAUGCUGGUGUCCAUCCGUCGUGGCGUACGGCUGCGCAAGACCGUCUCCAAUGACCGCUCGGCGCCUCGCAUUUUGUGAUGGCUCCUUGAGGCAAAUUGAGGGGAAAAAACACUACACAUUGUGGACUCUUGUAGAGAAUGACCUAUGAAAAAGAGGAUUAAAAAAAAAGCUAAAUGUUUAAAGAAAUCGUUAGAAUUAAAUACGUGAUGAAAUGAUAAAUAAACGAUAACAAAAAAAAGAAGUAAAAAUGCUAAAUAACAACAGGCUCAGGCCAUUAUAACUCUUUAGCGUGUCUGGACGCAUGUUUGUCUUAUUAACACCACCCAAUCACGGCGGGAUUGUAGUCAGACUGUAGCGAGACGCUGGGCGGCUGAAAGGAGGGACAGGGACAUUAAGGGGGUCUGAAAGUAAAGGCCCUGUGUUGUAGAGGACUGAGCGGUCUUAUACAACACCUACCCUCUAAAAGUGGACCCCAGGAGUCAGUGCUGGAAAAGCUCAUGUCGGGUGAGGAGGUGCUGUACGCCCCACCCCCACCUCCAGCUCGCUGACAUUACACUGCCAUUUGGAAGUGAGGGUGAUGGAGCUGUUGUGCAUUUAUGACUGGUCGGUGUGGCUGUCAGUUAGGCUGGAGGUGAGCGGGGCUCUGCUGCAGGUCAGCGUGUGGUUCUGUAAGGGGGCGGGGCUUGUCUUCUGUUCGUUGUUCUCUUUUCUUUCUAAGCAAUUAAUCUUAAUCCCAGAUCCUGAUCCAGAACGUGUGUGUGCGUCAGGUGUAUGUAUUUUGUAGACAUAAAAAAUUCCAAUAUAAUGUGGAGCAAUAAUGCUUUUCUUUCUUUUUCGUUGGUGGAAGAAAGAAGAAAUCAUGAGAGUAGUUUGGCUGUAGUUUUCUUCGGUGUGGGUGCUGAGGUUAUCAGCAGAAGAGCCUGAGCUUUGCCUGCUUUAGUUCUGGCCAUAAUACGAAGGGAGCAAAGUGAAGAGGAAGAAGAGCACUUUUUAAGAUGUAGUGUUCAUGUUGACCACAGGGUGUCAUUGUGGCUGCACUGUGUGCAGAGAGUGUGGAGAAGAGAAAAGAAGAGAAGAGGCACUUACCUUAAGGGAGGUAGAAAGUAAACAGGCUUGGAAAAAAGAGAGGAAAAGAAAGUGAAGUGUAAAAGAAGGAAUGAGUUGGGGUGGUAAGUGAUGGUUAUUUUUUAUGCUCUUGUUCUUUUUAACUGUUCAAAGUUGGGUAUUUACACAGAAUAUAUAUCUUUUUCAUGAAUUGGUGUGGGUUCGCCUCACCUUUGGCCAUCAAGCCUCAAACCACAGCCCUCUGACUCAGCUGUACUUGCUGGAGGUGGGUCAGUGAGCUAAGAUGAAGGCACGGACCUGGUUGGGAAGAAUUUCAGAGGGACCUGGUGUAGAAAAGUAACAAAGGAAAGAUGAGGAUGAGGAUGAGGCUAAAGAAGUAGGGAGGUAGAGAGAAUGAUCUCUGGCAAAGGAAAGCAAGUCCAGUUCUUUCUAACACAAGCAUUCCACUGCCUGAUCUAGAGCUUAGGACAACUUACGCAAGUAAGUAACCACUUUGGCAUUUUAUGAAGUAUCGUGUGGCAACAUCCUGUGAGUACCCAUUUUAAAGUGUGAGAAAAAGGAUGAUCCUUGGUGACUCUGGACAUGGAAUAGUACUUAGGUGGCCAAAAACACUGUUUUAGUCCUGUAGUAUCUGUCUGUGAGUGACUUUCUGUGCUCCCAUGAUUCAUUAUAACCCCUGCCGUCUCGCAUAGCUCUGCCGCUCGAAAAUGGCCACUACAUGUGCGACUAAAUGAACACUUAAUGAUUUUUUUUUUUCUUGAUUAUUUAUUUUGCAUAAAUAGAGCACUCUGUUUUAGGAAUGCCUGUAGCUAAUUAAAAAACAACAACAAUGUGUACCUGCUUUGCAAGAGUAAGACUGUGCCAGAAUGUUUGAUCCUUUGCUAGGAGUGAGCAGGAAGGGGGACCACUGCCUAGUACUACACGCCAGCCACAGUGACCCUGGCCAAGAGGUCAGCCCACAGAGACUCUUCCAGAAAGCACAGGUCAUAACUUUGUAUAUAUACUCACAUAUAUACAUACAUGUACUGUAAAAGAAGGUGGACAGUAACUGUACUAGCCUCAUCACAAAAAUAACAAAAUGUGUCUGACACAAAUAUUGUCUAACAGUCCUGGAGAAAAGCAGAGGUCAAGUGGCACGGGGUAUGACAGCAAUAUGGCAGAGUUUUCUAGAAAAAAAAAAAGAGAGAGAGAGAGAGAAUAUGAUCAUGUCUAACAAUUCGAUAUCCAGUACUUGUAUACUGUUUCUUCAAUGUGCAACGUGCUAAUUUACUAUGGUCUCAGUUUCUUUUCAUGCUUAGUCUGCUCUGAUAUUAUAAUUCACACUGACUUUCGGACGAAUCAGUGAGUGAGAGAAAAGCCGAGAAACGAGGAGGCAUGAAUGAGAGAGAGACAGAGAGGGGUUGAAGAUGAAAACUACAGAGUGGUUUGUGAAAUAUAUCCAGCUGUGAGUGAGACAUGUAGCCAUUAAUUUGGAUAGAUGGAGUAUAAUGUAGAGCAUCAUCCCAGGAAGUGAACUCCCUGUUAGUUUUCCAAUAUCAGGGCUGUGAGGUUCCAUCCAGGACCACCGCUCUGCACAGUGAAGAGUUUCCCCUGCAUAACUGAUAUCCAGGCUCCACACACAAUCGCAUUCUUCAUAUCUACAGUUGCACAGCCAUAGUUUGAUAAAAUCCCAUUGAACUUGAUGUUAGAUUAGUGUUUAGAUGGGCAACAGUGAACUUCCGCUACAUUAAGUUUCCAGUUUAAACUGCCUGCAGUGGAGCUGCGCUGUGCGGGUUAAAAACAAUACAUUUGCCAUUACAGUAACACUGGCCAUUUGUAAUUAAUAAUAGGCUCUGAUUUGACAUGUUUUGAUUUGUGAGCUAUAAUUUUCCAUUAACUUGUAUCUUUACACUAUAAGGAUAACUCACAUGUGUUUUUGGCAUAUAAAAGAGCUGACAUUAGCAUAGUGGCAAAUCUAAAACUACAACAUAGUGCAGAUCAGUAGUGUAGCAUUUUAAACUGGGAACACAACAUUAUGUAGCACCUCUAAACAAAGUGUGCUACAAUUUGGUUGAAUGUGGUUCGGUAAAGCUUGUCCAAACUUGCAACAGUUGCUAGGAAUGAAUGCAUUUGUGGGCCAACUGUGCUGUGUUAGAACAGUGGUUUCAAGCUGGCCCUCAGGGACCAAAUACCCUGUCUGGGGUCCCUGAGGACCGGUUUGCAACCCACUGUCUUAGAGCAGGUAAAAUAACAAACAGAGCAAUGUCUGUCUUGAUGUCUUAGAGUGAGAUGUCAGUUUAAAAACCAUAUGCUGGAAACUGGAAGGAAACAGAGGAGCCGUAUUUCCAUCCACUUUGAGCGAAUUCAUUUUAAAGUUUAUGAAAAAAUGAAAUCAUGCAGUAAAGGUGUGCGACUAAAGUGAGGUAAGAAAACAAACGGUAUGAUAAUGUGCAUUUAAAUAUAAACAGCACGCUACAAGGAAGCAAACAAACAAAAAAUCGCACAUACGCACAGUUAUUUUAGCACGUCAGCACUAUCCAGCUAGCGUAAAGAUCCAGAAUUUAAAAAAAAAAAAUCCUAUUGAGAAUUGUUUAACACCUGUGUAAUGGUCAUUCUCAGAUUAAAGUGUUAUAUACUGGAGAUAAUGGUGCAUAUGUAAUAAAAUUAGACAUGCUCUGGCACAAUACUGUGACUAAAGUGCUCUACUGGGUGGGGAAUACCAGCACCAUAGCAGAGCAAAACAUAGUGAAUAAAGUUUAUGUGCAUUUACUGACAGAUACCAUUUCAGAGAGCAGCAUAGCACGGUAUCUUAAUACUUGCAUGCAACUGUGCAUUGAAUCAGACCCAGUAUAGGCAACAAAUUGGAUGGAAACCUGGCUCUUGUCACUUUUGAGCUAAAUCUUCGGGCACUGAAUGUGCACAGGCACAGGUGAAGAGGAGACACGUCUGUCUCUCUUUCCUCUCUGACAUACCUUUGCCAUUGUUUGUAUCAUUCGCCAUUUCACUCAUAUUCAUGAUAUUGCGUGCUUGUUAAAAUUCUUACUUUAUGCAUUAUUCAUGUUCUGCCUUAUUACAAGCGAAACAGUCGAAUGCCAAAAUUCGUACCAGAAGUGUUACUGCGCUCAGAUGCUGUUUCCUCGGAAAACUGCACCGCGACUGUGUCUGUAAGGCCGGCGUGACACUGUUUCCCUAAGAGAGGCUAAUGUAGCUAAUGAAAUGACUCUCAUUAAUAUUAAUGUUUACAUGCUGCUGAAUUUGUUCUCGCCUCCUUUUCCAUGUGCUCCUACUGGGGUAGCUGAACUUAGCAUAACUUCAGCACAGCCUGAGCAGAGGGAGCUGUGUGAUGGAGUGCAUGUUUGCUUUCUCCCCUGCUGGUCAGAAGGCGCCCUAAAGCAUUCUUUACAGGGAAGAAAGUGCAGCCAUUUACUUUACUCUAUUACAUUUUAGACAUCAGGCACAACAUUUUCAAAGCUAGCUCCAUAAGCAGUAUAGUGGCUUUCAAUGCCUUGGAUAUGACCUACCCAGCCAACCUGUACAUAAAGUAGGUCACAGUCUGUAAAGAAGACAUCAUAAGCAGUUUAUCUUGCAAAGUCAGGCAGUUCAUUUUCACAGGGUCAUAGCUAUUAGGGAUGAGUCAGAAUUCUCAAAUAUUUGAAUAGUCAUGAAAGUCAUGACGCGCUAUGCUCCACCAUGGCAUGAGCAAGACGUUGGUGCCAUGUAACAGACAGUAGAGAGCGCAGCUAUAGUUCAUAGUGUGUCACAGAAAAGAGAAGAUAAGCUCAUUUUACGUUUGUAGGGUUGAUGGAAUAGAAGUUUCAACAUCGUUUUGGGAAUUUAUACCUGUGUUUGGGAUUGGCUACCUAACGUAACAAACUCGCUGUUUCCCUAGGCUGGUAACAUUAGCUGGGCCCAGAUAGCAAACUGCCACUGCUGAUCCACCCUCAGACCACCCAGACUAAGGUCUACUAGUUUGUAAUCUCCUUGGACAGAUUUUAAAAUGCAUAUAGCCUUUUAUUUUGGAAAUAAAACAAAUAACUAGGCAUAAUAUAAAAUGAUUUUGUUGAAAAUGUGGUUGCUGUCACUGUGCUAGAAUGGUAUAACCAGCUUUGCUUAUGAUAUCGCUGUUAAAAUGAUUUACUAAACUAAUUCACAAAGGAGAAAGAAAGAAAUGAAGGUAAAAUGAGUAAAUUGGACUGUGAGUGGGGGAAAAUGGCAUUUUGUAUGAUACUCUGUUUAACCAACAAUGGCCUACUAUCCUUUUGCUAUCUGGACAGUGACAUGUGAAAACAUUUAUUUGUUAUCUUAAAAACACCAGUUUGAAUAGUUCCGUGGUUGUCUGGAUGGAUUUGUUCUCUGGGUUUAAUAUAGCUCAGUGUGCAAUAGGCUUGUAGCCUUAAAUGUCCUAUACUUUUUGGGGAGUUGGGAGUGGGGAGGGGUGUUUUGGAAUAUUUUUGGAAUGACUUGCACAUUCAAAUUUGACUGAAAUGCCCAUCCCUAAUAGCUAUAUAGGCUUCCAUACUAGUUUGCUUGUGAUGUCAUGUUUCUGUAUUGUACAUAAAAGCCCAUUGUACUCGCUUUCAUCAUUUUAGCAUCUGGACGUUAGAUGGCAGCGCCAAGAAUCCAACCAUUUUACCAAUUCACAAUGCCUUUUCAGUUUGCGUUUAGUCUUUCUUAAUGACUGAAAGAAUCUGUAAAGACUGUAUUUUCAUAGCCUUUAGCAGUAAUUGCAAAAAUAAUUGCAUCAUCUCCAGAAUGGUCCAAACUCUGGCACAGCUGCUUGCAUGUUCAUAUUAAAUCGAUUUUGGGCUUGCAACGAUUUUUCACUGUAGAAGAGCCAAGCUGAAAAUAACACCAUUAGCAUACAGCAGGAACCCUUCAUAAGAGCUGCACUUUUGUUUAUAGCUAAAUGAAAAUGCCUAUUUAUGAAAUUAGUUACAUAAAUCCUGCAGUUUGCCACUUAUUUAGCACAAAAAGCAAAAUAACAAGGCUGGCUCGGUCCUGUCUAUUGUUCUUUGAGCUCUAAUUUAAGCUACCAGGUAGUGGGAGUGUAGAAGGCGUACCUUCUGAUUAGGGUCUCUUUACUCUAAUAAAGAAACAGCUGGAUACCUUAAAGCGUUCAAAAUUACGAGAGCGUAUGCUGUAGAUUGAACUCAACUGAACCCAAACUGAAGGUUGUAGUGCAUCCUCAGCUUCGCCUCUUUCAUCUCAUUGGUCUUGCGUUGAUCUCCAUAUUUCAAAACGCAAUGCUUGGCUGGGCCUGGUUUUUUCUGGCCGGAACACAUGCAACACCCACUCAGUCUCACCCACACAAGCUCUGUUGUUCAGAGAGCCCCUGAAUCUCGCCCAGCAGUGGAACCUCUGCUUUCUCUCUACACGCACACAAGCCGAGACUGAUGCUCGGCAACCAGGCGUCAUGGUAACUCAGCUGAAUGUCUUAACGGCGUCACUCUGCGCUCUCUUCUCCUGCACUUACGUCUCUCGUUCAUCCUUCGAUUCGCUCCCGAGCCCCGAAAAAGGUGGCCCGGCCAUCACCACUGUUCUUAACCAGCAGAGAAAAUGAUGUGUGCAUUAUUUUUUGUAACCCCACCCCUCCCCCACCCCACCCCACCCCCUUCUUCCAAUGGAGUCAAGUAAUGCUACAGGUACUGUCGUCUCUGUCCUCCUUCUUCUUUAUCUCUCUUCUCUUUAUCUCUCACUUUAAUUUAUUGUGUUCUCUUUUAUUUCUCUCUAAGGCUAAUUUGCCUCUGUUGCUGAUGACGUUUUUUUUUUUUUUUGUUCCUUUUUUUGUAAUAUUUAUCCUCUUUAUUUUGUUAACUCUAGUCACUGCUAAUGUAACAAAACGCACUGUGAUGAUUCCAGUAUUAAUAAAAGUUGUACUUAAACCGUG